AUGGCAUUGCUCAAUGGUCAGAGGCACGUGCCACACAGGGACAGCAAGAUCGCACAGUUGUUGAGAGAUUCCCUCGGCAACCUUUCGUGUAGGACAUGUAUGAUAGCUCAUGUGUCUUCAGCGGUAGCACACUAUAACGAAACAUUGCAAGUCAUCCAACUGGCAGCCAGAAUUCAUAGGAUGAAGCGACGCAGAACUAAGUUUUCGAGUACCAGCUCUGAAGAUAGUUCAACUGAUGGGGAUGUCAAGUUUAGACGUCCUUACAGAGGACUCCGAAUGGGAACUUUGAGAGAGGAUAUACUAUAUUCAUCGCCACAUUCUGAUCCAGAUUACACCUCCAGCAGCGAACAGUCAUGUGACACAGUUAUUUAUAUUGGGGCAAAUGGCCAAUCUCUGAGUGACAGAGAACUGACAGAUAAUGAAGGUCCACCCAGACAUGUACCGAGAACAAAUCCACGACUUCCAAGAAGACCCAGUGGAUCUAGAUCUUCUGGGGAUGAUUCUGAUAGUGGACGAAGUAUGCAUUCUGUCAGAAGUCUUGAAUCCAGACUUCCCAUCCGAGCUCUAAUGUCUCCACCACCAAUGGCUGCUGUAGCAGCUGUAAAAAUGACGCAGCCUCAAGGAAUGCAAUCAAUGCCAGGGUCACCUAACCCAGGUUUGGUUAAAAUGGGUCACAGGAUGGGUUUGGGUUCUAAGAUGUCUGGUGUUCCUGAUGGCCGAAUAGCUGCUGGCGAUGGGGUUUCAGCAUCAGGUCAUUGGCAAGAAAGACCUACCAAAAUUCACUGUCACUCUUCCCAGAGCAAACUGGCUAAAGCUAUUCAUGAGAAGCAGCAGCCACUGGAAGGGGAACAGUGGAUCGAUGGUCCUGGAGCUGCUAUCUAUCCAGACCCAAAGAAUAGUGAGAUGUGGGUGGAUGGACCUCCAGCUUUCGUUGUACAGCAGCAGCCACAUACAGUGUUAUCAUCAUCUGAUGAACAUCAUCAACAACAUUAUCGCACAGAUUCUUCAUCAAAGCGCCUUGCUACUAAAAAAGUUGAUGCUGAGGAGCAGUGGGUGGAUGGUCCAAAAGAAAUGCUAACUGGAAGCAGCCUGUCUCAGCCCAUGCAUACAUGCAGUAAGGCUGAGUACACCUCUAAAAGUAGCCAUCAGAGCUUAGGUAUGUCUAGUGGAGUGAAUGAAAAGACUUUAAAACAAGCUCUUGUGAAACACAUACUGGAAACUAAAGACAGCCCAGAGAGUAGUAUGAGUAUAGAUAGUAACUCUUCUUUACAUGUGGAAGCUGCUGAUUCUUCAUCUAUUAGUCUCAACAGCAGCGAUGAUCAAUCCAAAAGUUCUCACCCCAAUAAAAUUAAUAUUGCUGGCCCACAUUCUGCUAGUAGUGAUAGCAAACAAGUGGAUGCAUCGUCAAGUCCUAUGGUAUCUGCCAGAGGAUCUAAACUUUCAGAUUCUCCUAAGAAAAUCCACUCUUCUACACAGUCCCCUUUGCCAUCCCCAGGUCCUUCUCCAUCUGUCUCAAGGAAACACAGCAAACUGGAAGCAUCACAUAUGGCCAAGCUGCAGAAAUCUCAGCUGCCUGGUUCAGCCAGUCCGACUCAUCGUGUAGUCCAGUGGAUUAAAUCAGUUUCCUCAAAACAGGAGUCUACAGGAUCUGUUUCGAACAUCAGUAGACUUGACCACAGUGGGCAUUGUCCAGCACAGGUAACUGCACCAUCUGAAAAUGUCACAAUGGCAGAUGCAGAAACUAAUACAGAACAUGAUUCUGAUUUUGAACGACUUGCUGAAGAGACUGGCUUCAAAUCAGAAAGCGAGGAAGAUAUGGGCACACAUAAAGCAAGUAAAAAUCUCAGAUGUGAAGCAUACGAUUCAGAUGAUAUUAAAUGCAGUAUAGCAAUAGAUACUAGUUUAGACAGUAGCUUUGAUAAUUCUGUAACUAUACAGGAAUCCAUUUAUGAACAUGAAGUAGAAGAACAGUUGGAACUGUUGAAAACUAAAGAUGGUACUCGACUUGCUUCAGAAGUUGACAAUGAAACAUUCAGCAAUAUGUCAUGUAGCUACAAAGACUCUGAUGAGCAAGAUCGGGAUUCAAAUAAUCCGGAAGCAGACUCACUACUCGUUCAGCAUACUAAGAUUCUGACAGAAUCUAAACAGGCUGCCCAGAUAGCUCACCACAUAGCCACUAAUUGCCAACAAACAAGUAUCUCAUCUUCUGGUAGCAAUGUGUAUGAGACAUCACGGCCAAUGCUUAGUCGAAAACCUGAUGGAGCUUCUAAUCCAAAUCUUCUCAAGGUAUUUCUAGAGGAAGAUUUAUUCAACAAGACUCAGCUCAACUGCCCACAAGGCACAUCACUGGAAGCCAUGUUCAUUACUGCUGGCCAUGAAUCUAGCAUGGAAUAUCCAUCUACCUCAUUGAAGUCCUGUGUGGAUGAAGACAUUGUUUGUGACAAUGAUGUUAGUGUGCAAUCUAUUUGUGGGAAGGGUGAUAGCAGUAAUUCUGGUUACCUGUCAUCUCCAAAACUGGGAGCCAAAAAUAAACCUCCACUCCCAACUAAGUUGUCACCAGUGUUCAGACAGAGUGGGCUUCCAAAAUCUGCUACAAACUCACAAACCUCCGUUAACUACAGCCCCUCCCGAUCUAUUUAUUGUACAGCAAAACCUACUCACUCUGUAAAAGACUCACCUGGUGUUCAGCAGAAGACAUCCCCCAGUGGUAAAUUAUCAGGCAUACCUUUAUCAAAUGUCACUUGCCGAAAUAAACUCGUUCGCAGUGAUAAAACAGCUUCUUCAUCGCUCACUUCACACAGCCCUCAGUCAUCAGCAGCUUCAAGUCCUCAUAUUUCUUCAACUUCUAAAUCAUCAUCUUCAUCCCCAGCUCUAAAGGCAGGCCCUAAAACAUUGAAUGGAUCUACAAACAAAUCCUUCUGCUCUAAAUCUUUGUCCACGUUGACCAAAGACAAUGGUAAGUUACGAAAGAAAGAGAAAGAAAAGGAUAUUAAAGGAGGCAGCACUAAUCGCACAACUAAACUUUCGGAACUUGUAAAUAAAGGCAAGGGAAAUGAUUCAGACAGUGGUAAUGAUAGCGGGAUUGUUGCUCUUGAAAGACGGCUUCUUUCUCCUUACGCUACCGUCACAAAGCCUCGAACUCCAAGUCACUCUAGCAGUGGACAUGGGAGCGACAACAGCACUGUGAGCACAGAAGUCCACUCUGGCAUCUCAAGACCUUGCACAAAAGCGGAAAACCUCCAUGGAGGAACUAGCAGUGGAUAUGAAAGUAUGCUGAGAGAUAGCGAAGCUACAGGCUCAUCAUCUGGUCAGGAAGACAGUGGCAGCGAAGUUUCAGAAUGUCCAGCUGGAGCAAAACGUAAAGGUACAAGGAGAAGUCACUCUGCUCCAUCUCGUUCAACUGAAAGUUCCCCAGUUUCCAGCCAGCCGAGUCAAGCAGGGACACGUUCGGCCACUUCUGCUCAUCGGGCCUGGGUUGAUACAAGGCACCUCCAUAAGGUUAAAGAUGAGCCUUUAGAACUGAAGAGAUACGACCCAGAUGAAGUUGAAAGACUUGGAAGAAGGAGGACAGACGAUGAGGUAAAAAUUCCCUUAGACAUCAGAACUAAGAACGGCUCCACUAAAUCAAAGGAGGAAGGUGAUGAAAUAUCCGAUUCUAAAGACAGAAUAAUGAUGGAGCGAAAUGGAUGGUCUUUCGACUGCAAAUUUCUGAUGUGCUUCUCAUGCAAAUCUGGACAACGAGGAACAGAUGUGUAG